GGACGGACACUUUCUGGCAAAUCAUGCAAAUUUGCAGAUAAAAGAGUGAGAAGAUGAAACGCCAUAGCAAUAGUAAGUGUGUGGUCGUGUGCAGCUGAGGUAGCUUGCAUAGUUUGCUUGAUGUGAAAACGGGAGUGUAGUGAACCUUUCUCUCUCACAGUUAAAUGAGCUCAUCACAAAGGUGCGAGGUCGCACAAGACAGGCUCGUUCUCGCCGUUUCCUUUGACAUACCAACCUAAAUGGACUGCAAACUUUGAGUUCAUUGGUUGUCAUGAUAAGUCAAAGUGUAUUUUUAGCCUGCUAUCCCUUCACAGGGGUGGACACAGGGAGUAGAAAAUAGAUAUAUAUAUACAGACCCCCACAACAGAAGACAAAUCUUUAAUAAAACCAUUCUGACAGUGACAGACAGUCCAGAGGUAUGAGUUGCACAAUUGUAAAAGUCGCAUCAAAUAAGAGCAACCAACCAGAGGACACUGCAAUAACCACAGACUUAAACAAUGACACGCAGAAACAUAACCUUGACUUGAAGUUUGAAAACAGUGAGGUGAAAUGCAAAAUUCAAAAUGAACCCGGGAGCCAUGAGAUUCAGACCAAAUUUAGAGCAGAAAACACCACAGAAAGCAGUCUGAAUAACAAGAGCGACCCAGGAGGUUUACAGCAAAAUCAUCCAAAGCCCUUCACCAUUGUACCAUUGUUGUUGGAGAAUCACGAAGGGAAGUUAUGUGAAGAUCAGCGGCCAAGCACUAAGCGUCAGCUGUCUGCAGAAAGUGCAGCAAAGUCUGUCAGUGUAAGGAAGAGAAGCACUGUGAAGAAAACACAGGCAGAGAUUGUAAAACCCCUCGGCAGCCCUGGCACGCAUUUACCUGCAGUCUGCUCCUCUCAGAGGAAACCCCGAAAACUGCUGUUCUCUAGUACUGAGAUCUUUAACAAGAUAGACACAUUCGCCAUUGAGAAAGGAAAAAAGCUGAGGGAGCAGGAAAUAUUCAACGCUCGGGAUAUUGCACGUGCAGUCACCGAAGGAUGCAGAAGUGAUCUGGAAAAACUCAGGGCCAUAUGGAUCUGGCUAUGCCAUAAUAUUGAGUAUGAUUUAGAGGGAUACCUUGGUCUCUCUGAAAAGAUCUGCUCGACCGAUGAGGUCAUAAGGCAGGGAAAGGGUGUAUGUAGUGGAUAUUCUUGCCUCUGUGUGGAAAUGUGCAGGGAUGUGGGUAUUAAGUGUGUGGAGGUGAGUGGGUACAGCAAAGGCAUGGGAUACCAGGCCGGGGACAGUUUAGCUGAGAAGCACUCUGAUCAUGAAUGGAAUGCUGUCUUCGUUGGGGGUCAGUGGUGGCUGCUUGAUGCUUGCUGGGGCGCUGGCACUGUCAACAUGAAAACCCAAACAUUUGUGAAGAGGUAUGAUGACUAUUAUUUUCUUACUGAACCCAGUGAGUUUAUAAACUCGCAUUUCCCCGAUGACCAGACGUGGCAACUACUUAGCACACCUCUCUCCAGGGAAGAGUUUGAAAUGAGACCCAUGAAGACCUCAGCAUUUUAUCAAUUUGGAUUGACCCUCCUACAACCCACGCAGUACAAAACAACCACAGACGAAGGGGAAGCGAUUGUGUCCAUGACCCUGUCCAGGCCACUGACCUUUACCUAUGAGAUGAGGCAGCGGGACCCUGAAACAGGAGCUCCAAAGAAGGAGCAUGUUGACAGCUCUUGUGGUCUUCUAUCAGUCACCCAUCAAGGGAUGAAGCUGCGUCUACUUCCCCCCGAACCCGGUGCUUAUGAGGUGCAACUCUUUGCCCGCCGAGAAGGUGAGCCCGGUGAUUUGCGCUGGAUUUGCUCUCUUGAGCUGGAGUGUCCGAGCAUCCACCAAAGGCAGCCGUUGCCUGAUAACCCCUAUCAGAGCUGGGGCUUAACACCCGGGGCAUUGGGACUAGGAGUCAAGGGCUGCAGUGCCAAAGGAGAAGAGACUCUAAAGGUGGGUGAGGAUGGGGAGUGCAAGGUGAUCCUACAAACAACACGACCUCUGAUGAUGGUGUGUGAACUUGUACACCAUCAGCUCGACGCUGCUAUGGCAAAGCGCUGCCUUGCAUAUCAAAUAGCAUCAGACCAGCUGGUGUGCAAUGUCAUUUGCCCGCACAAAGGAUUUUAUCGAUUGUCAGCAUUCGUGCGAGAUUACGACAACGCAAGCGAGACCUUUGAAAACGUUGGAAACUACUUGUUGCACUGUCAUGGCAGAGGGAUAAAUCAAAACGCGCUUUAUCCCGCCGGCCUGGGCCUGUGGUGUGGUCCGGGGAUGCGAACACAAGAAGCCAGACUUUCCAACUUCAGCCACACGGGGGCGAUAGUGAACGCACCACAGGGCCGGUGCAACAUCACCUUCCACUGUGCAUCACCAGAACUUCAAAUACAUGCGGUGCUUUACAGCGAAUAUCACAAGGACGCACGUUUCCCGCUGUCCCGAUAUGUGUUUUUGACAUUUACAAACACUAAGGUAACCGUUAGCGUGUGUACACCUGGAGCUGGAGUCUAUCGCCUUGGGCUUUAUGGACGCAAAUCCCCCCAACAAGACUAUAUGUUGCUGUGUGACUACAUUAUCAGAAAUGUGUGUGAUAAGCAUAUAGAUCCGUUCCCUUGUGUGUAUUUGGCAUGGGGGAGAAAAUGCGUGUUGCUGGAGCCACGUGCAGGUGUGCUGGCUCCCCAAAGCUUGGUGGGUUUUCGUGUACGGGUGCCCGACGCACAAAGGGUGUGUGUCGUGGGGGAGAAUCGAACAGACUUGAAAAAGAAUAAGAGCCAAGUUUGGGAAGGUGAGGCUCACACUGGAAAUGCCACACAGCUCAAACUCGCUGCUGUCACCAAGGAAACCAAUAAUAUGGAUAUUCUCAUGACCUUUGAUGUUCUUAACCUGGAGAAUGAACUGUGAACCGAUCUCUGUAGAGGAAACACUGCAGUGGAACGUUAACUAAAACUUUUUUAGCUCUUAUACCCUAAGCAUUUUUGUCCAAUAGCCACCCAGCUCAGACGUAUAGGCUGAAAUAAGAAAAAAUUGGGGUUUUAUGCGUAGGUAAACAUUUUGUAGAUGUCUAACCAUGGGCCAAAAAUAAAUGAAAAAAUAAAUAAAUAAAUAAUUGAAAUCAGUAUUUCAAAGAUUAUAGGGCCAACCCCUGCCCCCCAUCAUUAUAGGGUCGCCAUGAUUUCAAGAAGUAAGAUGUGAUCCAGGAUCAAGAUUUUUCAUUGGUCAUUGAUCACCUUUUAAUUAAAGAAACCCCACAUUACCCGUAACUCACACCUUAGCCAUUUUUUACCCCUCAAUUAGUGUGAAAUAAUAGUUUAAGAAUAUAUUUUUUAAACGCCCCUAACCCAAUCUUAAAAUCGAACAAUCUGUCAAUUUCUCCAGAAAACAGCGUGAGGUGCACUUAAGAGUUUACAUUUGUAAUUCGUUUAUUGCAAAAUUGGGACAAAUAAUGGACAGUAUCACUUUGUGGCAACGCAGCAUGAGAAUUUGAAAUUCAUAUAGUAUUUUAAUUUUAAGAAAAACCAGAGGACCCCUCUAUUUUUAUUUUUGUGCUUCAUAGGGGGUCCCUGAAUGCUUAGAGGAGGUGCGGGACCACCCCAGCCCUCCCCCCAAUUCAAACACUGAUUGAAAUCAAACGCUGAUUGAAAUCAAAUGCCUUGCAAUCACUGUUGCUAUUCAAUGUUGAUUUUGGUAUUUUGGCAAAACCGACAUGCAACGUAAUUCAAUUUUGGUUAAAUCAACUUGAAUUUAAAAUUAAAAUUAAUUUCAACUUUCUAGUGAGGAGUUGCUAUAAAUUAUAAAAUAAAGUUGGAUUAGCUUAAAGGGACAUGCUACUUCUUUUGAAAAUAGGCUCAUUUUCCAGCUUCCCUAGAGUUAAACAUUUAAUUUUUACUGUUUUGAUGAGGAACUACCAAGGGGACUAUUAUCAGGCACUGCGUGAAAUCAUUGCGCUUGCUGCAGCCAUGUUACAGCACCAAAGUCUUUGAUUAUUACGCCAGAAUGAGAGUAUAGUUCCCAACUAUAUCGGCCUAGAAAAUCGUAACUUUUAAUUUUCCGUCGGUCUUAGUACACAAUGUAACUACAGAAGAGUCAAGUUUUAAAUAGGAAAAAAAUUGAAAGUCUUUGAUAAUUUUUAGCGCGAUGCUAAUGGUCUAAUCAGAUUCAAUGGAUUUUGCUUAGCUAUG